AUGAAGAUCUUUUAUUACCUCCUCCAUUUUCUGUGUUAUGUGACCUUCAUUCUACCAGCCACAUGUACCUUGGUGAAUCCUGAUAAGUGCUCAAAAUCUCUUGGUCAAUGUAAGAGACGCUGUUUACCAAAUGAAAAGCGAAUUGAUAUAUGUUUCUCGCCAAGUAAGGUUUGCUGUGCUGAGAGGGAGUAUGAAGAUUAA